CAAUAAUAAAAAAUGGUGUUAAAAUGGUUCAAUUUGAUAAAGCUGAGGUCAGAAAGGAAUCUGAAAAUUGGAAAUAUGCACUGAUCCUCAACGUGGUUGGAGAUUCUCCAACUAUUGGGGAAAUCACCAUAUUCCAAGGGAGGCUCUGGACGUUUCAGCAUAAACCACACAUAUACUACCAUAACAAUUGUUAUUUUGUGAUAAGAUUCUAUAGUUGUGGUGAUAGUCCUGAUGUCUGGACCUCAUAUGCUGAAUAGUAAAAUAGUGAUUGUCAAGCCCUAGAGUACCAAUUUUAAUUUUAGUGAGGAGAUACUCAAAACAAUUCCCCUUUGGGUAACGUUUCCUAACUUACCCCUGAGUUGCUGGAGUCCCAACUCUCUGAGCAUGCUAGCUAGUGUAUUAGGCACCCUGUAUGUGCUGAUGAAUGCACCUCUCGCAAAGAGAGGAUUUUGUAUGCUCGAGUGCUUAUUGAAAUGGACAUUAUUGUCCCAUUACCUAAAACUGUCAAGUUGUUGGAUUCAUUUGGCAAGCGCUAUGACCAAGAAGUUAGAUAUGAAUGGUGGCCUCAGUACUGCCGAGUAUGCUGCCAACUUGGACAUAUCUGUCAGGCCGAGCAAGCAAAGCCCCAACCUAAGAAAGCCAAAGCUGAGACAAGGAAUACUAAGAAAGUUUGGCAAAGUAAGGAUGUCCCAGCAUCACCAAUACCUGAGGUGCCACCAGAGGAGGUGGAGGGUGAUCCUGAAAAUGGAAAAGAUGGGUGGACAAAAGUAAAAGGGAAAGUAGUUGCAAGGCCUCAGGUAUUCGAUGAAAGUAGUCAAUAUCUUGUGGAUGUUGAGAAUGGUUUCAUCCCUAUGAGAGGAACCUCAUUUCAACAGGUGUUGCAAGCAGCCCUAGGAACAGUGGACACAAGAUGCAGCUCUAUCCAAGGAGGAAAGCCUCCUCACCCCCACAACAAUCACCAAUGAUUAUUGCUACAUAGAAUGUUAGGGGGUUCAAUUAGUUUUUUAAGCACAAGGAGAUGAAGAAGAUAGUAAGUAAAGAGAAAAUAGUAGUUUGAGCUAUUACGGAACAUAGAGUCAUUAAACAAAAUGCCUCAAGGAUUAUAAAUAAAGUCUUUCCUACCUGGAGUUGGCAUGAUAAUUAUGAUAUUAAUGGGCGAGGAAGGAUCUAGCUAUUAUGGGAUCGAAGGUUGGUUGAUGUUACAGUACUUUGUACAAGCUCUCAGUUCCUUUACUGUGCUAUUAUAAGUGCAGACUGAUUUAUUGAGUUUGAAUUCACUACAAUGUAUGGCCUUCACACAAUUGCUGAUAGGAAACACCUUUGGCAGGAUCUGAUAGGAAUAGAGUCCAAUAUUCAGAGCCCGUGGCUCAUUAUGGGAGAUUUCAAUGCAAUACUCCAACUUGAUAACAGAAUGGGAGAAAGUGAAAUACAAGAUAUAGCGGUGAAAGACUUUGAGGAGUUCUUGGGGUUAAUUGGUCUAACAAUGAUAAAAAGAGUGGGAAGAUUCUAUACUUGGACUAAUUCACACAUUCACAGUAGGAUUGAUAGAGCCCUGGUCAAUCCUUCUUGAAUGUCUCUAUGGCCCAGCUUACAGUUGAAGCAAAAGAUCCUUAUUUUUCUGACCAUUCCAUUCUUUGCAUUAAAUUCAGUAGCAACCCAAGAAAGGUGGCAAGACCCUUUAGGUUCUUGAAUCACUUGACCGUUCAUACCUAAUUUCUUAAUAUUGUCUUUACUUGUAUUGUGCAAGGGGAGUAUAUGUACCACGUCUGGCACAAGCUCAAACUAAUGAAGGAAGGGAUGAAAGCUUUAAACGAACAUAGGUUCUGUAAAGUCGAGCAGAAGAUGUAAAAUACCAGGCAAGAUCUAUGUGAUAUUCAAGAGAAGCUAUGAACCUGCUACAUUGAUCCCACUUUAUAUGCUACAGAGAAAGAGCUUAAACUUAACUUAGAGAAAUGGAUCCUAGUAGAUAAAAAUAUUCUGAGACAACAAUCUAGAGUUCAAUGGUUGAGGCUAGGAGACACCAACUCAUCUUUUUCCAUGCCUAUAUCAAGAAUAGGAUUGCCCAGAAUCACACUAAAGGGCUGAUCACUAUUAGUGGAGAUGUGGUACACACUGACAGGGCAAUUGAAGCAGAGAUCAUUGGAUUUUACAAGGGACUGCUAGGCAUUUGUGCUACACAACUACCUGCAAUUACACCUAGUAUUCUAGGUGCUGGCCUUGAAAGAUAUAUCUACCCCUUAUAGCUCCAGUCAUAAGAGAAGAAGUCUACCUAGCCUUGAAAGAUAUAUCUGAUCUGAAGUCCCCAGGAUGUGAUGGAUUUAAUGCAUUCUUCUUCAAGAAAGCAUGGCCUAUUAUUGGAGAUGGUGUUUUAGAUGUCGCGAUCCAGUUUUUUCAGACUGCAUGGAUGUAUUAACUGCACCAUUGUUACCUUGAUUCUUAAGGUAGAUAGUCAUGUUGUGGUGUUAGAGGACAAGGAUGUAGUCAAAGCAAUUGUUGAAUAUGUGAAUAGAACUGGAGUAGAGGCAUUGAUUUUUGGUGCUGCAAGAAAAGACGGUUUUCUCAGAUUCAAAGCCAAAGACAUUCCAGGAGGCGUAUUAAAAGAGGUUCCUGAUUUUUGUACUGUACAUAUCAUCUCCAAAUACGAAAAGAUAACAUCUACACGACCUGCUUCUCGUCCCGCUCCUUUUGUCCAUCCACCACCUCACCAGUUCACCAACACUGGAUUUGCUAAUUCAAGAGGUAGAGCAAGAAAUCAAGAAAUGGAGGAAAUCAAGAGAGAACUUCAACAAAUAAGAGCUCAAUUCGUCGAAUUAGAGCAACAUACGAGGACGAUAAUUGUUAUGUUGUCCGAACUCUACGAGACUAUUGGGAGGAACCACAGCCCCUAUUCCGCAACACCAUCAUCUCCACCACCUCCUUCCCCUCCUCCUCCCUGUCCCGUAUUUGUUGUAAUCUCAUAAAUGGAAUCCGGAAAAGAUAGUGUGUAUGCAGUGUUAUUCCUACCUUACGAAGGUAGAGAGGUUAUAUUUUUCUUUUAAACGUGAAAUAAUCGAUACUACAAUAGUUUAGUUAGUUUU